AUGGUCUUCAAUCCACCCGUCGCUCCGCACUUCGGUGGUGCAUGGGAGCGAAUGGUCCGCUCCACCAAGUCGGCCUUAAGAUCUGUCUUGGGAAAGCAACGGCUCACCGAUGAGAUCCUCGUCACCGCACUGUCUCACAUAGAAAACGUGCUCAACAGCCGAAAACUCACAGCCACUAGUGAUGACCCUUCCGACCCAGAAAGCUUGACGCCAAAUCAUCUGCUUCUUGGUCGUGCGAAUCCCAACGUUCCACCCGACGUCUUCUCCGAAGCUGAUUUAUGCGCCAAAAAACGGUGGCGAAUAUCGCAGGCACUCGCAGAUCAGUUCUGGUGCCGUUGGAUGAAGGAAAUAAUACCAGGUCUCACGGAGCGUGAAAAAUGGUAUCAAGACCAACCGAAUCUCGAAGUCGGUGAUAUCGUUGUCUUCAUAGAUCCGUCCACUCCCCGUGGUGUUUGGCCCACUGGCAAAGUCAUCCAAGUCGUCGCCGGAAAGGAUGGGAUCGUCCGAUCGGCCCAUAUCCAGACGAACGGAACAGAACGUCAUCGACCAGUGCAUCAACUCCUUCUAAUCGAAUCCGUCCACGUCAGAGAAGGUGCGACUAACCCAGUAGAUCGCAGAGCCGGCGAUGUUGGCAACUCAGCGGUUGCCAAAACCGUUAAGUUCGCCGAAAGUACCGAACCCGAACUGGCACCGCCUGAAAUAGGGUCAGGGAAAUCGGUAACGAAGGGCGGAGCUACCGACGACCCGACAUUACAGAACAACGAGCCCACCGGAGCACAUGUUGCAGCUCACUAG